UUGGGAAUGACAACGGAAAAUAUAUUCAUUAAGCAAACAACCUCCUCUAAGAUGCCAGCGAACCGUGAUUCGUAUUUGAGCACACCUGAACUCUACAUUAGCGAUUUGCCCAUCAGUGUUGGUGACGAAGAACUGAAGAAAACAUUGAAGGAUGUCGAUCCUAUUGAGGUUAUUAUUCAUCGUCAACCUGGAAAUAUCAAUAAUAUAACUUUAAACGGCGUCAUUCGUUUUUCGUCGAUAGAAAAUGCUGAAAAGGCAUUCGCAAUCUAUAACAACAUCAUGUUGGAAGCUUAUAAGACUUACUUAAGUUUAAAAAUUACUGAUCCAACCAAUCACUCCAGCAGUGAACCGCAGUCGAACGCGUACAUCUUGCAGGUGGAUCAAUUGCCUGUUACCACCACGAACCUAACUCUUUUCGACCUCUUCAGACCAUUUGGACCCUUGUUUUCCACAAGGAUACAAUAUCCGGAUAAGAAGAAUAAAGGGAAUUGGUAUGCCCUUGUUCAAUUUUUUAGGCAAGAAGAUGCAGAACGAGCCAUUAUGACAAUGAAUUGUCAACAGAUCGAGGGAAAGAAUAUCACAGUGACAAAAUUUCUUGGCGGAAAACAGAAUAAAUCUACCGCUCGCGCAAACAUAACUAGUCUUACUAUGCCCAAUAUUACAGGUUCGUUCUCUCCACCGGCAAAUAAGUUUAACAUGCAAACACCUUCAUCCCCGGGUCCAGAAGGUCCGAAUGUUGACCCAUGCAAUUUAUUCAUCAAGAAUCUUGAUGCCAAUAUUUCCAGUAGCGAUCUUUUCAAUCAUUUUCGUCGAUAUGGUCGGAUCAUUAGUGCUCGCGUCAUGAGAGAUCAGGAAACCGGUAAUUCAAAGGGCUUUGGCUUUGUCAGUUAUACUUCAUCCGAUGAAGCAGACAGAGCCAAGGCAUCCAUGCAUGGAAAGACCUUAGGAAAUAAACAAAUAGUUGUCAGGCUUCACGAACCCAAGAAAUUACGUGAAGCCAAGCUGGCAAAUCACUAUAGCAGUAGUCCCGCAUCUCCCUCUGAGAGCCGAGUCCCUUCUAGGCGUAAUUCAGAAUUACUCAUUAUAAAUACCGUCAAUGAAUUUGGACGUGAAGAUCUCGCCGGGUUGGCACCGAAGGCUCGCAGAGAAGUUUUGAUGUCGGAACUACAGAAAAGAUUUAAAUCUAUUCCUAGCAUACCUCAGGAGGAGGUCAAUCCAAUCAUCGAUUACUUGUUAAAUAUGAAGACCGAUGAUGUAUUGCACAUCCUCAAGGAUGCAAGUUCCUUGCAACAAAAGAUUAGCGAAGCGAGGUAUUGUCUGUACCAAGACAAGAAACGUCGUGGUUCUGAGGAAGUUAUUGCUACUCAAGUUCCGAGUAUCAACAACAACAACACCAGUUUCCAACAGAUUCCACAACACGAAAAAUUCACUAAAGCUAUCAAUAAAAUUUACCCUCAAAAGGCAGAUGAAAUCCUCGAACUUAUCAUGACCUUGAGCGCAAAAGAACGAUCAUCGUGCUACUUUAAUCCCGAAUAUCUAAACAAAAAAAUCUCUGAAGCAUAUCAGGCAUUAGCGAUCAUUAAUGAAGAUGUUGUUGUUCCCAAACCGAUAGCCCACACCGAUGUUAAAACCACCACAAUUUCGUCGCCAGGCUCCAGUCAUCCUCAGCAUCCCGCCGCCACCAUGGUUGCCGUAGUAUCAUCUGAGACACCCAACGGCGUUCAUAGCGCCGCAUACGAAGAGAUUGAACAAUUUAUCGAAGGCCUGAAGAAUAAACCUCUUCAUGAACAGAAGCAAAAGCUGGGCAACCGUUUGUUUCCGUUGGUUAAGAAUCUUGGUCUUAAGAGUGGCACCGCUAGUAAGGUCACCAUCAAUCUUCUGGAUACUGACGAUCUCCGCGAACUGGCUCAUUCAAUGAAUGAACCAGAGAAGUUCAGACAGAGAGUAUUGGCUGCAGAGAAGAUUGUGUCUGCGAAAUAA